AUGGAGCCUCAUGCGGCCGUGGUUUUGACUAAGGACAAUCCUAUUCUACGAGCGUGUAACAUAGAAGUAGGAAUAUUUAUCGCUGACAAUGACAGCAGCUCUAUUUGUGCUGUCAGAGCCGCUAAUGACCAUGAAGUAUUAAAGCAGUCCGAUAAAAAUCAUACAUGUAAAGGUGUGGUAGGUGAAAUAUAUAAAAUAAGUAAAAAUUUUAAAGAACUAACAAGUUCUACGAUACAAUACUUAAAAAAAUGCUUCAAUUACUGCGUGUCUCAGAAUCAAGGGGCUGUAAUGAGCAUGGCAAAAGCCAUUAAAAAUAUACCGUAUCACGCUUUCAAUCAUCAUAAUGACUGUGGUAACCGGUGCAGUUACAAAUCUAACCCAGAAAAUUACCAACACACAAAUAUUGGUGAUGGUUUCAAAGACAGUAAUUUAUUUGAAGCUUUAAAACAUAUCUUUGAUAAUUUAGCAUUAAAGACUAGUCAGUUUGUGAGCGGGGCUUCCAGUAAUCCUAAUGAAAGCUUAAAUGCAAUGAUAAUGUCAUCUGGGAUACAUCGUGAUAAAUUUUGUAAGGACGUUGACCUCUUCAAUGAAAAAAAAAACGCUAAUUCUUUGACCCGAGCUGCCAAGUCAAGAAGAGUAGCAUUGAAGAAAAAUAAAACAGCUUUAAAAAAUAGACAUGAAGCCAAAGAAGGCACUACCUAUGAGAGCAAUAUUGGACUACGUGAUUUCAUCCAUGAAAGCAUUCCUAUUGUAACAAUUAAAGAUUGCAAGGCACCGUUUAUUGUGUUCUUUGAUCUCGAAACUGGUAGUUUUUCUAAAACGUCAGAUAUUCUUCAAAUUACUGCAAAGCACGAGUAUUAUGAGUUUUCCGUUUAUGUCAAGCCUAUCCAAACCAUUUCUGAAGAAGCUAGUAAAGUCCACGGUUUACGGUUAGUUCUGGGAAAACUAGAACUUCAUGGUGAUAAUAAAUUAGAAAAUAUUGCUAGAGAGUUGGAGAUAAACAAUGACAAAGCUCAUGAUGCUCUUUACGACGUUGUGAUGUUGAGUGAAGUUUUAAAACAAUUGAAUAUUACUUCAGAUGAUUUAAUCAGCUCUUCUUUUACUUGGGACGAUGCAUGCAAUAAAAUAAAAUUUGCAGAAAAUUUACCAAAAGCUUUAAAAGAUCUAGAAUUAUUAAAAGAUUGUGUAUCAGUAGAUUAUUGUGGUUUUUCAUCUUAUACAAAUGAACAACACAUCGACUUAUGCAAAAACCGUAUUAAUCAAGAUAAAGAAGAUACUGAUAGAUAUGUCUUUUGGUUAAAUGAACAUGCUCCAUUUGCUAAUAGAUCAUCACUGCUUUCAUUAUCGACUGGAAUCGUCGGGGGACAAAAUAUUGAUUGUCAUUUAGCUGUAGAGAAUGGUUUAACAGCAAUGGCAUCGAUCGAACAAAAAAUGGUGAUAACAUUUUGUUAA